AUGCCGCGUCCAAAGACGACUAGAGUUAGCCAUAACAAAAAAGCGUCAACGUAUAGAUCCGACCGAUUAAACAGCACAGAGGACCUGAAAAAUCCACAAAAAAUAACAGAUUUUUUUGGCGGUAGUGGUCGAAAAAAGGCAAGAAUUUCAGAAGCAAAUGAAACACGUGACGGCAUCGAUAGUGAGGGAAGUGCUGCAGAGCCAGAGGUGCCGGAGUCGGGCGUGCUGAUAUCCCCUAGCCCCGAACCGGCGUCGGCAAGCACCAGCGAAACACCAAGCACUUCUAAACUUCACACCCAAGAAAACUUGGAAAAUAUACAGGAAAAUGUCGACAGCGAUAGGCCUUCAACACCAGAACAAACCGAGCCUUUAGACUAUAGCACAACGGAGGGCAAAAGAUUUGACGGACGAACAAACAGGGACGGUCAAUCACGGGCCCAGUGGGAAAAAAUGUUUUCUUGGCUUUAUUACAGUCAUGACCAACAAGGUUGGAAGUGCAAAUUAUGUGAGGAAUAUGCUGUAACAGGUGACGAGACAUGGAAAAAUAAAGCAGUUAAACUAGAAGGCCAUCCAAAAAGGGUUUUAGAAAAUCACAGCCGUGGCAGUAAACACCAGAAUGCCAUUACUCAGAAAAGAGCUAUACAAGCCAUGGUUUCCAAGGGAAAUAUAACACAGCAGAUAACGAGUUCUUUGGCAAAACAAAAACAAACAGAACAAGCCCGAAAUCUGAGAGUAGUCGAAAAAUUGAUAAAAUCAACAUACUUCAUUGCUAAGAAAAAGUGGGCAGUAAAACAGAACUUUCAAGAAUUUGUGAAUUUUAUUGCAAAUUUGGGAGAGGAAGACUUACGAUGGCAUUGCCAAUCUAGUGCUAAAAACGCCACAUACUUGUCAUCUACAAGCGUUGAGGAAUUUCUGUGUGCGAUAAACUGUUGUUUAGAGACAGAUCUUCUCGAUAAGCUGGCCUGUUGCUCUGGCUUUACCAUCUUAGCAGACGAAAGCACAGAUGAAAAAGAUCGAGAACAACUCACCAUCUUCAUCAGGUACGUGGACAGAAUAACACACAAGGUUAGUGAAGAAUAUUUAUCAAUUGUUCAAAUCAAGGCUGAUAAAACAGCUGGGUCGCUUUUCACUGAGGUGAUGGGCGUUUUAAAACAGAAAGGACUUGAACCGAAAGAAAUUCGAUUUACUGGGUUUGAUGGAACAAACACAAUGUCUGGUGAAAAAAACGGACUUCAGAGAAGAAUUGGGCACAUAUCCCCUCACGCAAUAUACCAGAAUUGCAGAAAUCACAAACUGGCUUUAGUAUUCGUACACUUAAUGAAGAAAUUCCCAUUACUUCAGCAGCUGGACAAAGUAUUGCUCACAGUUUGGAAACUUUUCAAACACUCAACUAUCAAGUUCGCCGUUUUUGAAGAAGCACAGGCUGUUGAAGGCCUCACGCCUGUUAAAAUUUUGAAGGCUUGCACAACACGGUGGCUGAGUCACGGAGAAGCAUGUGUGAGGAUAUUGUCACGCUGGGACUGUUUGCUGGAUUCUCUUGACACUCUGUUCGCUAAUCGAGGCGAACCUGAAGUAAAGGGCUGUAGAGAUCAGCUUAUUGAAGUGUGCUUGAUGGCAGUUUUACUCGCCGACGUGCUGAUCGCCGUAAAUCAGUUCUCUAAGUUUCUUCAGAGAAAAAACCUGGAUUUCACAUCUUUUCCGGCAAGAUUUCAAAAACUGAAAUUAGCUAUUUCAGAGCUUUCUGCAAAUUUGGAUCUAGGCAAAUACUUUUCACAAGCAAGAAAAUUUGUGGAAAAGAACAAGACAAGAGCAGAGAUGGGGAGACGCCUCAGACGAGAAGACAGCUUUCUUGAUCAAUCCUUUCUUAAUCCUUCACUCAAGCCUCAAGUUAGUGACAGGCUUGCUCACUUGGAUGCUCUCAUUGAGUUUUAUGGUGACACACAGUUGGAUACUCACGGGGGUGAAACGAACACUUCCUAUCCUUUAAUUAAUAGGCAGGAAGCAGUUGGAGAGAGGUCAGAUUUUCUACAAGAAUUUGAUCAGGCUUAUGAAACUUGUUGCUACGAUUUCAGGACAGAAGUUGCUAAGAUGGUCCGAGAAAAGAAAAUCAAAAAGAUGGACACCAGUGACUACAUUGACAGUCAUCCCGUGGAAUCUGCCUCAGUUUAUCAGCAAAUGUGUGCUUCUGGGAGCUUAACUACCACAAAGCACUGUAUGAAAUUGUUUGAAUUGGCACUACUAAUCCCGCCUUCCACAGCAAACGUAGAAAGAGGUUUUUCUGCCAUGAACCUCAUUUGCAGCUCACUGAGAGCCUCACUCAACCAAACAAGCUUGGAUCGUUUCAUGAGAAUAAACCUGAAUGGCCCUGACAGCCUUUCAGAAUCAUACGUGAAAAGAAUAGCGGAGAAAUGGGCUUCAGUGAAAGAUCGUAGCAUCCUGCCUUGCUGA